AAUUAUUAAAAUGAUGUAAAAAACAACGAAAAAAAUUAAUAAAUGGUCUUAUACAACAAAUACGAGAAUUAAAUGAUCUAUUUUUGAUCGGCUAUGCUCGCAUGAAUUGAAUUGUUCUCAUUGGUAGAAUUAUCUAUUUUUUUUUCAAACUAAAUUUAAAUUUUAUGUAGUAUGUAUUAUGCAUCAAUUUAUAUUUUUAUAAUAUCGUUUAUCGAAAUAAGAAAAGUAGAAAAUUAUCUUGUUUGUUAAUUGCACGAAUAAAAAAUUGUCAAAAAUUAUGUGUCAAGUAAUAAUUCGCGCGCCCUUUCUAAGUCGUUUGGCAAAGAUUAUAUACUCGUUAGGCGGGAAAUGUGCUAGUAACUGUCAGUUGUGAAAAAGUUAUUAGUAAUUUGUACUUAAUUUUUAGAUAAAUAAAUAGUUUUUUUAAAUUUUGUGAGAAAAUUAUAGUUGUAUAAUGUCUGGUAUUAUAACUACGAAAAAUGGUGAAAAAGUAACCAUUGAAAUAACCCUUGACAAACCCAAUGGAUAUGGUGAUCAUACAGUUUCUAAAGAAUCCAACAAUGUUAAAAAGCAUGAGGAGUACCAAUAUUUAGAUCACAUUCGUAAUAUUAUGACAAGUGGUAGUAAGAGAAUUGACCGUACAGGUGUUGGCACUUUUUCAAUAUUUGGAGCACAAAUGAGAUAUAAUCUUCGAGAUUCUUUCCCUCUAUUAACCACAAAACGAGUAUUCUGGCGUGGGGUAGUUGAAGAACUACUAUGGUUUAUCAAAGGAAGUACAAACGCCUUUGAAUUAAGUGAGAAAAACGUACAUAUCUGGGAUGCAAACAGCACAAGAGAGUUUUUAGAUAAUAUAGGUCUUAAAGAUAGAGAAGUUGGAGAUCUAGGACCUAUAUAUGGAUUUCAAUGGAGGCAUUUUGGAGCUGAAUACAAAGGAAUGCAUGCAGAUUACACAAACAAAGGAAUUGAUCAAUUAGCCCAUGUAAUAAAUACAAUUAAAACUAGACCUUAUGAUAGGCGUAUUAUUAUGUGCGCAUGGAACCCUAUAGAUAUUCCAGAGAUGGCAUUACCACCUUGUCAUUGUUUAGUACAAUUCUUCGUAGCUAACGAAGAGCUUUCUUGUCAACUUUAUCAAAGAUCUGCUGACAUGGGGCUAGGAGUGCCAUUCAAUAUUGCCAGCUACGCUUUACUCACUUACAUGAUUGCUCACAUCACUGGCUUAAAACCUGGAGAUUUUAUUCACACUUUAGGAGACAGUCAUAUCUAUUUAAAUCACAUUGAAACUUUGAAAGAACAAAUCACAAGGGAACCGAAGCCUUUCCCUAAAUUACGUAUUACUAGAAAAGUAGAAAAUAUUGAAGACUUCACUGCUGAAGAUUUUGAAUUAAUUGGAUAUAAUCCUCAUCCAAAAUUAAAUAUGCCAAUGGCAGUUUGAAUGUUUCGUUUUUAUACUUUUUAUAGAAUGUACUGAUUGAGUGGAUAAAGGAUUGAAAUCCAAAAAAAAAAAUUUGAUUAUUUUUCUAUGCAAAAUUGCUAUAUUGCAAUCUAGGUACUCAAGGUGUUUUUUAUUUAUUGAUUUAUUCAAGCCAUCACAUUUUAUAAAAUUUAUAUUUUGUCAGGUUCAUUUUUUAUUUAAUGAAAAACUACAAUUUUCUAAAUUUUUAUUUUUCAAAAUCAAGCAUUUUUUCAAAUCGUUUCAAAGCAACAAAACAAAUAUAUUUUAAUCAAUAAAGCAACUGUUUAUUAUAAUAAAUAAGUAUAAAAAAAUAUUCAAAAAAAAGAUUUGUCGCUUAUACACGGUUAUACAAGGUUGUUCAUAAAAUCUAUGAAAAUGGGAAAUGAUAAGAUUGAAAUCAUAUUUUUUUCUGUGAUGAUUAGGUAUUUCAGGGUGUGCUGAAAGCAGUUUUUUCGAGACUUACUUAAGAAAUAAUUUACCAGCACCAUCCUGAAAAGGCAUCACUUUCUUUAAAAGGAGUUCCUGGAUGAGAGUAAAUUAGUUUACACAAAAUAUAAGCUUUGUUUGCGGAUCAAAUUCGGAAUUGGUUUAGGACCGAUCGCAUGCGCACUAUUAAAAUUGUCCUUCACGAGUCGAUGACUCCACCCCCGUUGUAACGACAAUUUUGAAAGUGCGCAUGCGAUCGGUCCUAAAAUGAUACGGAAUUUGAUCCGCAAACAAAGCUAUGUAUAUGUAAUAUUUCUAUAUGGUGUAUUGUUCUCUCUUUUCUCCAAGCGCUUCAGUUAGCUCUGCGCAUAAAUUUGAUCUAUUUAAUUAUAAUAAUGGGAAAUAAUAGAAUGUAGAAGUAAUCAGAUUCUCUAAAAGCAAAUUUUUCGAAUGUUCAGAGCCUAAUAUAAGUAUUGACAGAAACUAAAGAGAAAUAUGAAAAGAAAGACCCAAAAACAGGAAGGGGGAAAAGAAUACAGAAGAUGAAUGAUCGGAAAUAGUGGAUUAGGUAAAAUCCCAAUUAUUUGACUUUCGAAAGGCCAUAAAUAAUUUUAGAGAAGAAGAAAUAGUGAAAUGUCAGAUGGAAUUCUUCUAAUUUCAUAGAUAAAAUCAUAUUUCGGUUGAUAUUGUUUUGGUGCAUAAAUUUUUCGUAGUCUAAACAUAAAACAUAUUAGAAGUUCUUUUAUUUUGCAAAUAUAUAGUCAAAUUUAGUUUCUUC